CGUUUCCACCUCCAAACUCCUUCUUCUUGAGCCUUAUCCAGCCCGUCCUCAGCCCGUUCAGUCCUUUUCAGUCUCAGCAAACAUGGCCAAUUCUCCCCACGGUGGACAAUUGAAAGACCUCCUCGCACGAGAUGCGCACAAGCAUGACCAGCUUGCCGCAGAGGCCGAGAAGCUGCCUGCAAUCGUCUUGACGGAGAGACAGCUUUGCGAUUUAGAAUUGAUCCUGAGUGGGGGUUUCUCUCCUCUGGAAGGUUUCAUGAACGAAAAGGACUACAAUGGCGUGGUCGAGAAGAACAGAUUGGCAGAUGGCAAACUCUUCAGCAUGCCAAUCCCUCUUGAUGUAUCGAAGAAACAGGUCGAAGAGCUAGGCUUGAAGCCAGGAGCACGAGUCACUCUUCGAGACUUCCGUGACGACAACAACCUCGCGAUCAUUACGAUCGACGAUGUUUACAAGCCGGAUAAGGAAAAGGAGGCAAAGGAGGUCUUUGGUGGAGACCCAGACCACCCUGCAGUUAAAUAUUUGUACAACACAGCUGGCGAGUACUAUGUUGGAGGAAAGCUUGAUGCUAUCAACCGUCUGGAGCAUUACGACUAUGUUGCUCUAAGAUACACCCCAGCAGAACUUCGUCUGCACUUUGAUAAGCUCGGUUGGUCGAGAGUUGUUGCGUUCCAAACCCGAAACCCUAUGCACCGUGCGCACCGAGAAUUAACGGUCCGAGCCGCAAGAGCCCGUCAAGCCAACGUUCUGAUUCACCCUGUCGUCGGACUUACGAAGCCAGGAGACAUUGAUCACUUUACUCGUGUUCGUGUCUACCAAGCACUGCUCCCAAGAUACCCCAAUGGAAUGGCCGUCCUCGGUCUUCUACCCCUAGCUAUGCGAAUGGGUGGACCCCGUGAAGCUAUCUGGCACGCCAUCAUCCGAAAGAACUAUGGAGCCACUCACUUCAUCGUGGGCCGGGACCACGCUGGGCCUGGCAAGAACAGCAAGGGCGAAGAGUUCUAUGGUCCGUACGAUGCGCAACAUGCCGUUGAGAAAUACAAAGACGAGCUCGGAAUUGAAGUCGUUCCUUUCCAGAUGAUGACAUACCUCCCAGACAGCGAUGAAUACCGACCUAAGGAUGAGGUCCCAGCAGGCGUUCGCACUCUUGAUAUCUCGGGCACAGAGCUUCGUAACAGACUGCGCACUGGACGUGAAAUUCCUGAAUGGUUCUCCUACCCCGAAGUUGUCCGCGUCUUGAGAGAAUCGCACCCUCCACGCUCCGCACAAGGUUUCACCGUCUUCCUCACCGGCUACCAGAACAGCGGAAAGGAUGCAAUCGCUCGAGCCCUUCACGUUACCCUCAACCAACAAGGAGGCCGAUCUGUGUCUCUCCUCUUGGGUGAGACUGUUCGUUCAGAGCUCUCCUCAGAGCUGGGAUUCAGCCGUGCCGACAGAACGCGCAACAUCGGACGCAUCGCAUUUGUUGCAUCGGAAUUGACCCGUUCUGGAGCUGCAGUGAUUGCUGCGCCAAUUGCUCCGUUCGAGGAUGCAAGACAGCAUGCUCGGGAAUUGGUCGAGAAAUAUGGAGAUUUCUACCUCGUCCAUGUUGCCACCAGCUUGGAGUAUGCUGAGAAGACAGAUAAGAGAGGUAUCUACGCGAAGGCAAGAAGGGGUGAAAUCAAGGGUUUCACUGGUGUGGAUGACCCAUAUGAGGUUCCUGUGAAGGCAGAUCUCACUGUUGAUAUCGAGAAGACGAGUGUCAGAAGCGCUGUUCACCAAAUCGUGUUGAUGCUUGAGAGCCAGGGUUUGUUGGACCGUCUAUGAUCAAAUGCCAAGAACUCGCAUGAUUUGGGAUACAUUUUUAUGACAAACUUAGACAUCGCUACAUGAGCCGGAUGCAUUUAUAUUUGCAUUUCGGUUCUUAGACAUCUGAUGGGGAGGAGCUGAAGAGUAAGAGAUGAAAACAACAUGAAAAUUCAACGGUUAAAAGGGAAAAGACGUAUCCAAGUAGAUCUUGGAUACAUGAGGUCUGGCUGGUAAAGUUCUGAUAUUUGAGGGAAGUU